AUGGAGGAUGCCUCGGAAGAACAGGAAAAGCCAAAAACCAGAAUUUGGUAUUGCAGCACUGUCUGGUGUGAAGCCAGAGUUUUUAAACUUAGCAAGAAAACAGCCAUACAGUCUAUAGAGGCGAAACUUAAGAUGAUGGAAAAUAUGAAAGCCGGUGAUGACUUUGUUAUCAACAGGUUGGCCGCUAACGAAGCCCCAGUCAUCACUCAGUAUCAAACAAAACAACACCAGCCCCCAAAUAAGACUAUUAGCUCAUUCAGAAAGGCGACAUCCUUACCAUAA